AUGACCAAAGUCAUGAUUCUUCUAGCUUUCAUUGCCUCAUGCUAUGUGCUGUAUACUGCCAAAAAGAUAUCUGACAGUUGGAAAUCCUUGAAAGCAAAUGAUGACUGGGAUGCAUUUAUACAUGCAUCUAACUUUUUCCUUUACUCCUCUUUCUCCUGCCGCACAAGUACACAACUGGACAUAAUUUCUGCCGUGCAGGAAGUUCAGGAGUAUUUCACCAACUAUAAGGAGCCUGACAAAGCAAUGAGCAACCCAUGCAUAGAACUAGCGAAAAAUUUCUCUAUUGUGGAUGACUUUCCAGAAACUGGUGUUCCUGCUGAAAUACCACCUCAUUUACAUGUCAAAGAAUAUCCUGAUUUCAUGGAAAAACUAGAAAAACCCACCUACGAGUCACGCAAUGUGAUAGGAAAGCUCUUCCGAGAGGUGAGGGACAUAGCACCAGAUACAAGCCCUAUUAAGUCGUUCACUGAGGAAGUAGGCAGAAGGUCUUAUGACCGUGACAUGGAAGUUGAUGGAUUUGAGGAUCACAUUGAAGAUGCUUUCUAUUACAAAAGCAAUUAUGACUACAAACUAGGGAAUUUGAUGGAUUACUAUGGCAUCAGAACUGAAGCCGAAAUACUCAGUGGUGGUAUCCUGAAAAUGUCCAAAUCUUUCACAAAGAGAAGAGAUGCAGAAGCAAUUGGUAUGGCAGUAAGGGCCUUGAGGAAAGAAGCUAGAGCCUGGUUCAAUGAGAAGGGAAGUGGGUCUGAUUUUGAAGAUGAUGUGUAUGCAAAAGCAUCGGCUUGGUACCAUGUCACAUAUCAUCCUAACUAUUGGGGCAGCUAUAAUGUAGGCCUGAAUCGGCAACAUUUUCUUAGCUUUGCGUGGUGUGUUUAUGACAAGCUGAUAGAGAUCAAGAGGGACAAAACAAGUCUCAGAAAUGCUCUAAGCCUGUCAUCUCUUCAGCACUCGCUCAGUCAUGGAUUGCUUUUGCAUUGA